AUGCGCCCAGACCGACAGUGGAUGUAUCAAAGGAGAACAAGAGGAUUUAUUGAUCCAACUUUUAUAGAUGGUGUAAAUUCAUUUGCGGAGUUUGUUAAAGCUCACCCGAAUUGUCUUGAUGGUCAUUUGAUGAGAUGUCCAUGCAACCAUAAGAAAUGUCGGAAUCGGAAUUUUUCGGAUGCAGAUACUGUUAAAGCGCACAUUGCUAAGUACGGAUUUGUGGAGAAUUAUGAAACUUGGAUCCAUCAUGGUGAAAGUGAUGAUGGUGAUACUUUUCGAAGACAUGUGGUGGGAGACGUGUUCCAGCAAAAUGUUGAGGAUGAGAAUAUGUCUGCAUUUGGGACAAUGAUUCAUGAUGCUGUAGGGCCUUCAUUUCAAGCACAUGAUACUCAAGACAACCCAACUCCAGCAAUUCAACAUAUUUAUGAUAUGUUAAGAGCAGAACAACAAGAGUUAUGGCCUAAUAAUCCUAAUAGAAUAUCAAAAUUAUCUGUUGUUGCUCGCUUAAUGAAUUUGAAGGCAGAACAUCAUUUUUCUGAAAGAUUAUAUGAUGAUUUUUGCCAAUUGAUUAAAGAAUGCCUCCCAAGUAAUAAUGUUAUGGUUGAUGGAUUCUAUGAAACGAAGCAGUUAGUUAGAGGGUUGGGGUUACCCGUUGAGCAGAUAGAUUGUUGUAAAAGAGCAUGCAUGUUAUACUGGGGUGAAGAUAGUGAAUUGAUGAGUUGCAAAUUAUGUGGCCAUGAUAGGUACAAGAGAGGUAGAACUGAUUGUGGAAACCGAAAAACAAUGGUACCAUAUAAGAAAAUGUUCUACUUCCCUUUGACCCCUCGUCUUCAAAGGUUAUAUGCAUCUAAUGCUACUGCUAAGCACAUGAGAUGGCAUUUUGAGCAUGAAGUGGAAAAGGAUGGCGUAAUGCGGCAUUGCUCGGAUUCUCCUGCAUGGAAACACUUUGAUAACAUGCACCCAUCAUUUGCAUCAGAAUAUAGGAAUGUCAGAUUGGGUUUAUGUACAGAUGGGUUCCAACCAUUCGGGCAAUCUGGUCAACAAUACUCAUCAUGGCCGGUGAUAGUCACACCAUACAAUUUACCACCAUGGAUGUGCAUGAAAGAUGAGUACAUGUUCCUCUCUAUAAUUGUUCCGGGUCCAUCAAAUCCAAAGGAUAGAUUAGAUGUGUUUUUACAACCUUUGAUAGCUGAGCUAAAAGAUUUAUGGGAGAUUGGAGUGGAGACUUAUGAUGUCGCAAGCAAACAGAAUUUCACGAUGAGAGCUGCAUUGAUGUGGACAAUUAGUGAUUUUCCAGCUUACUCAAUGUUGUCUGGCUGGAGUACAGCGGGAAAACUAGCAUGUCCAUAUUGCAUGGAAGAUUCAGAUGCUUUCACUCUAACAAAAGGUGGGAAGACAUCAUGGUUCGAUAAUCAUCGUAAGUUUUUACUGCCAAAUCAUCCUUACAGAAGAAACAAAAAGUGGUUCUUGAAGGGAAAAUCAGUAAAGAAAGCUACACCUCAAGUGAAAUUUGGACUUCAAAUACUUGAAGAAAUUGAGAGCUUCGGGAUUCAAAAGGUCACAGAAAUAGAUGGAGAAGAAAUAAAUUCUGAUAUUAAAAAACAUUGUAACAAAUGUGGGUGGAAGAAAAGAAGUAUAUUUUGGGAUUUGCCUUAUUGGAAAACAAACCUCAUUAGGCACAACUUGGAUGUAAUGCACAUUGAGAAGAAUUGCUUUGAUAAUAUUUUUAACACCGUGAUGAAUGUAUCUGGCAAAUCAAAAGACAAUGCAAAAUCUAGAGAAGAUUUGAAGGAAUUUUGUGAUAGGCCUGAGUUACAUAUGGAUGAAAUAAGAAAGAGAUUUCCAAAGGCAUGUUACAUUCUUGAUAGAAAACAAAAGGAAGAAUUGUGCAACUGGUUGAGGGAGCUUAAAUUUCCAGAUGGAUAUGUCUCAAAUAUGGGUAGAUGUGUGGACCAACGCAAAUUGAAAUUAUUUGGCAUGAAAAGCCAUGAUUGCCAUGUUUUCAUGCAACGAUUGAUACCCAUUGCAUUUCGAGAGCUACUUCCACCAAAUGUAUGGGAAGCAUUGACAGAGUUGAGCAUUUUUUUUAAAGAUCUCAGUGCUCGAGUUAUUAAAGAGGAGGAUAUGCAGAGAUUGGAAUGGGAAAUCCCAAUUAUUUUGUGUAAGCUCGAAAGAAUAUUUCCUCCAAGCUUCUUUGAUUGCAUGGAGCAUCUCCCAGUUCACUUACCGUAUGAAGCACGAAUUGCUGGACCAGUACAAUAUAGAUGGAUACAAUAUGAAGAAUGGGUAAGGGCAAAUCGACCUAAUAUUCAAGAUCAUGAAGUUGACCAUCUAUUGGAAACAGAAUUUGCUUCGUGGUUUGAUAAUUAUGCACACCAUCCUAGUUCAGGGAUCAUGAAUGAAUGGUUAAAAUGCCUUGCCUCCAAACCAAUGCAUAAGGUUAAAACAUACAAUGGUUAUUGUGUCAAUGGCUACAAAUUCCAUACAGAAAACCGUGGAUAUUCUAAGAGCACAAUGAAUAGUGGAGUGUACAUUAAGCGAUUCAAUUUAUGUGCUAGUGAGCUCGAGUAUUUUGGGAAGUUGGUCGAGGUGGUGAAAUUGGAGUAUGAAGGAUGGCCAAUGAAAGAGGUUGUAUUAUUUAAAUGCACCUGGUUUGAUCCGACACUACGAAUUGGUACCAGGAUUCACCCACAGUAUAAGCUCAUUGAUGUUCAUAAGAAUAAAGCAUUUAACAAAUAUGAACCAUUUAUUCUUGCAACUCAAGCUGCACAAGUUUUUUACUCACCAUAUCCUUCAUUAAGGAAAUCUUGUAAUGAUUGGUUAGCAGUUUGUGCAAUUAAGGCCAGAUCUAUUGUGGAGAUAGCUGGAUCGCAUGCAUCAUCAAUUUGUAAUGCUUUUCAAGAAGAUGAAGUACAAGUACAUGAAAUUGAGAAUCAUGACGAAGAAGUAUCUUUAAAUUCUUCCGAUGGUGCAUUCAUUGAAAUUGAUGGUGUGGAUAUUGAAGAAGAAGCAAGUCAACAAGGAGAAGUGAGCGAAGAAGAAGAGGAAGAUGAAGUAGAUGCUUUUCAUGAUGAAGAUGAAUACUAA